GGCGUUGAAAGGGUGCAGACCCCGUUUAAUGGUCCGAUCCAAAAAGUCGCCGCACGUUGCGCUCCGUUAAUUUCCCUGCGAUGCCUUUAAAUCUAUUGCCUGUCACCGGUAGCCUUUUAAAGAGUUUGAAAUCUUUCCAUUGCAUCCCGCGGAGAGGAUUCGGCAGCGGAGCGGCUUCCCUCAGCUCAGUCAGCCUAAAAGGUCGCAGCUGUCUCACGCUUAAAGAUUUCAGCUCGGAUGAAAUCAAAAGGCUGCUGUGGGUAUCAGGGGACCUCAAGCAUCAGAUCAAGCAUGAAAAGCAGUAUCUGCCUCUUCUGCAAGGAAAGUCGAUUGCAAUGAUAUUUGAGAAGAGGAGCACCAGAACAAGAAUGUCUACAGAAACAGGUUUUGCUCUGUUGGGUGGACACCCCUGUUUCCUGACCUCACAGGACAUCCACCUGGGAGUGAAUGAAAGCAGCACCGACACAGCCAGGGUUCUCUCUGGACUUUGCGAUAUCGUUUUGGCCCGAGUUUACAGCCACUUGACGCUGGAGGAGCUUGACCGGGAGGCUUCCAUCCCCAUCAUUAACGGACUCUCUGACCUCUAUCACCCGAUCCAGAUUCUGGCAGACUUCCUCACCUUACAGGAGCAUUAUGGAUCUCUUAGUGGACUUACAGUGAGCUGGAUUGGAGACGGAAACAAUGUCCUCCACUCUUUCAUGAUGACUGCUGCCAAACUGGGGGUUCAUCUUAAAGUUGCCACACCGAAGGGUUACGAACCGGACAAGCGGGUCACUGAAGAGGCCCUGAAGCUCUCCAAACAACACGGCACCCAACUCGUUCUGACCUCUGAUCCGAUGGAGGCGGCCCAUGGCAGCAAUGUGUUGGUCACUGACACUUGGGUCAGCAUGGGUCAGGAAGAGGAGAAGAAAAGGAGGCUCAAAGACUUCCAGGGAUACCAGAUCACAAUGCAGACUGGAAAUGUGGCCAAACCAGACUGGACCUUUCUUCACUGCCUCCCCCGGAAAAUGGAGGAGGUGGAUGACCAGGUAUUUUAUUCAUCCCGCUCCCUCGUCUUUCCUGAAGCCGAGAAUCGUAAAUGGACCAUCAUGGGUUUGAUGGUUUCUCUUUUGACUGAUUACACUCCACAGAUCGCCAUGCCGAAAUUUUAACAAUAAGGUUGAAUUUAAUUUAGACCUACAAUACGUUACUUUUUUUUUAAUUCCCAAAAUAAUAGGUUUGCUUUUAUAAUUGUUGUAUUUAUUACCAAGAAAACAGUUUCUGUUCUAUAGUGAUCCAUUCCCAUCUAUAUGGACUUGAUGGAGGGUGCCAGCAAUAAAAACAAUAAUAAUAAAAAAUAAAAAACAAUGCAUUG